UGCUGCUGCUGGAGGAGGCGGCGGCGUGCGCGAUGCGCGGGUUGCCAUAGAAACGCAUUUUACGUGAAUCACCGCAACGCUGCUAUUUAUAAACGCGUAACGCCGAUUAUAUAUAUUUUUUUGGUGGUGGUGGUGGAUAUGUAGAAUACAGAGAGAGGGGCAGCAAUUUGCCUUAUUCUUUCGGCACGGCGGUGAUAAUUUGCGUGUGCCAUCGGAGGUUUUGGUAGCGCGGCACGUGGUGGUGGUUGUUGAUUUACUUGAAGGUGGUGGGUGGGUUACCGUCUGAUUACCGUCCCGAGGGUUAGUUGUGAAGCGGCCGCCACACCGUCGCUCCACGACUGCGGGAGGGGGAGGAGGAGGAGAAGGAGUCGCCGAUGCGAGCACCCAGAGAGAGACCCAGAGAGAGAGACACAGAGAGAGAAAGAGAGACCCAGAGAGAGAGAGACAUCGCGGGCGGCGCUGCGACGUUCCACUGCAAGAUGGCUGCUGAGAGGAGCCGCCGUUAGAAACGCGAAGCUGCAGCGCUCGCGAUAAACAAACACAUCUUUUAAAUUUAUACAAAAGUCGUCGUCGUCGUCGUCAUUCAUUUGUUUUUAUUCUACCAAAUUUGUGUGGGGGGAGGGAGGUUUUUGGUGUCCCUGCUCGAGCGGGUCCGUUCUCUUGCGGCGGCAACGUGAAACAGAAUGACUAAGGGAGUGCUGGCUGCUCAUAACAACAAAGUCCAGGACGUGUCCCAGGAGGAGUCCGCGGUUGUUGCAAUGGCAAUGCCCACGGCUCCACCCAGCUACGCCGAGGCGACGUCGGGCAAGGGAGGUGCCGCCUAUCCUCCGCCCGUGCCACCUCCACCCGUGCCACCACCACAGCUCGGUUGGGCCUACACAAAUAAUAACAAUAGCAGCAGCAGCAACAACGCCGGUCCCGCUCCAAGCUAUGGACAGGCCUACACAAGCCCCUCGUACACCCCAUACACGGACACGAGCAGCAACAUCGGCGACAGCUUUUCCUCGAACACAUGGGAGGACAAAAACCUGCGACGGGUCUUCAUUAGAAAGGUGUAUGCAAUCCUCAUGCUGCAGCUGCUGGUGACGUUUGGGAUUGUAGCCAUUUUCACGCUUUGUGAACCAGUGGGCUAUUACGUGAAGAGGAAUCCUAUUUUGUACUGGUCGUCAUAUGCGGUGUUCCUGGUUACCUACUUGGUGUUGGCAUGCUGCAAGGAGCCUCGUCGCCGUUUCCCAUUGAACAUCAUUCUCCUGUCUAUCUUUACAUUGGCUAUGUCAUAUAUGACAGGAACGCUAGCAAGCUUCUAUAGCACACGGUCGGUUAUGCUGUGCUUUGGAAUUACUGCCCUCGUCUGCUUCUCAGUGACUAUCUUUUGCUUCCAAACAAAGUUUGACUUCACAACCUGCCAUGGGCUGUUGUUUGUACUGCUGAUGGCACUUGUUCUCACUGGACUGGUGGCUGCGAUUGCUGUGCCUUUUGGAUAUAUGCCUUGGCUGCAUGUGGUUUAUGGAGGCCUCGGAGCAGUUGUCUUCACACUGUUCUUGGCGUAUGAUACGCAGCUGCUGAUUGGAAACCGCCGUUACGCCAUCAGCCCAGAGGAGCACAUCUUUGCCUCUCUUAACCUCUACAUGGACCUUGUCUACAUAUUCAUGUUCCUCCUGCAGAUCUUUGGCAGUCGCGAGUAGGGAUUAUUGUGUGCCAGCCUGCUCAGAGAGCCAUCCCACAUGCUCUUCAAUGAUUGGUCAAGACCUAGGUACACUCCGCAGUAAACGACCUCUGUCAAAUUUCUUCGUGUAGAAUACUUUACAUUAGGUUACUCCUCCGGUGGAGUUCUGUGACAUUUGUUUUGCAGAUUGAUAAUUAAGGUCAUUUUUGCGCGGUGCCUGAGCAUUGAAAACACCCACAUGCCCUUGAUAUUGUUCAGGAUUUUGAAUUUUAAACGUGCAGUAAUAAUACGAAUCAACAUCUGUCAGAAAUGUAUGCUUAAGAGUCGUGCGUUCCUUGACUAAGACAAGAGAAAAUAUUUGAGUUUAAAAUAUUCGUUAAUAAAUAAUGUUUCCUAUAAAUAUAAAAAAUAUAUAAAAAAAUAUUGGGCCUACAGAAUGUUUUAAAUGUAUUCUAUUUAGUAUAGGUUAUGAAAAGUGUUUCAGAUGAGCUUCAUAAUAGUAUUUCACUCAAUAAUAGUCAUUGCUCAUUCAGUGGUUCCCUUAGGUGUUAAACUAUGUUUCUGCUCUGCUUUUUAAAUGAUGUUAAUGACAUGAUGCUUAAAUCAUAAUUUCCCACUUAAGUUAUUUUCAUUUUUGUGCAUAUAUAUUGCACUCCUUUAAAUAAAUGUUGCAUGGGGGUGUAAAUCCUGUAGUGUAUUUUGUACAUUGUUGAUGGUGGUCAUUUAUAUUUAAACGGUUCUAUAAGUGAUACCAACGUAUGCCAAACUCAAUGAAAUAAUUAAACUUCCAUGCAAAAUCAACUACAAAUGUAUUGUCUAAUGGUUAGCACCAAAAAUUUGAGGUAUUGUAUGUGCAAAAAUGAUAAAGUUUCUCGAUAUUAAGUGAUGCAAGGCUUUUGGCUUCAGCCGAUAAAUAUUUUUGAACAUGUUAAAGGCUUUGUAUGCCACUUGGACAUUGGUUGCUUCCAAUUGUCAACUAUCGUGAUAAACCAUUCGGUGAAGUAGCUACAUUUCUUCAAACGCGGUUUUUUCAAGGAUACAACACCGUGUUCUAUUAAUUAUAAGACGCACUAUCUUUUGUUGUAUUUGAAAGCAAAAUGUAGGUGUGCGUCUUAAUAUCCGGCACAUGUUUACAGUGUGUCUAACUUACCGGAGCGUCUUAUAAUCCGGAAAAUACAUUGUGAUUCUUAAAAGCCGUUGUUAAAAGUAUCACUUAUUGUAUCUGUAUCUUAGAACUGUAAUUAAACCGUUGUAUAAGUAACAAGUGUGUAGUGUAGAUAUGUAAAGGAGAUGGGAGGGAACCAUUAAACGUCAGAUUUUUAUCGAAUAUUUGUUUUAAUUUGGAGUAAAGUUUGUAGAUUGUGGAGAUAUUUUAAAACCUAAACCUAAAGAAAUUAAAUAGGCUAUCGUUAUUUAACCUUCACUUUUAUAAUCGACAGUUGAGUUUGAUUCCUGGCCAUGGCUAAAAUCGGUGGGAAUUGAUAUCUGAAACAGUCUUCGGCUCGUUUAACCAAACCAAAAUGACUAGCGUGGUGAAUUAUGGUCAAACUCCAAUAGUUGAUAUGGUGUAGCGAGGCCUUCAUUCGGAAAUGGAAUGAUAAAGGGCUGAAAUGUAUUAUUUGUCAAUUUAGACUAAUUUGUAAAUGUUACUGCAGUUUAAACAUCGCACAAUUUUGCAAUGAGAAAGUCAUUUAAAAAAGUUUAUUUAGAGUUGCUGUAGCGGUGUGUUUUUAUUGAAGUCUCGGGGAUUUAUAGCUUCCGUCAGUUAACUUUUUUCAUUCUGGUUGUUGUAACUUAGAAACAGAAUCCCUGUGUUUACUGCUCGUGUAAAGUACUUUCAGAUUUUGUUGGCAAUACUUUUGAUUUAUUGAGGCCAGCAGUUUGCAUAUCUGUAACUUCUGAGCAUCUCCAAUGUAGAAUGUUUUAAUGAUGAAAACAAAUCAACGACAUUGAGUUAUAUUACUUGCCUACACUGUAUUUAGUUUUAGGCCUUUCGAAGCUAUUCAAGAUCCGGUCUUGUCACGAGUCGGCAAGGGACUAACGUUAAAUUGCACCGUUUUGCAUAAUUGCAGCGUAUAAUCAAGAGUACUGAUUGGUGAGGUUUUCACAUGUGAGUGGCCUCAUUAAUCAGCUACUGGACGUGUGGUUUUACAUAAUAGCCUGAAUACUUCAGUACUAUGCCUGAGGUGAUAUUGUUAAAAUUAUGUCAUCUUUUCAACUGAUGCGAUUCUGUUCAUACGAAACAUGACGGGGUCAGUGUCCCGACAUUUGUGUUGCCCGACUGUGCAUUGCUCAGAUCGCGAGACCACUUAACAGGGGCACCCCGUGAAGGUUGUCGUCUUGCUCCCGUAUAGAGUAUACUGCUGCAAAUUGCACCUUUCCAUACGAAAGAAGAAGACCUGAUGCUGCUUGUGUUGCCAAUGUUGAUGGAUUGCGCACUCACCCGUAGCAGCAACAAGUAAUCGAUUCAUUUCUCGAAACUGAUUUCUCUAUACCAUUCGUGCAGCAAAAUCAUUUAAGGGUCAUUGGCCAUGUCCUCAGAACCCUCAUGAAAAAUGUGUUUCUGGGAUAAACAAUUAUUAGUCCUCACGAGAGCUGUGGUUCAUGAUUGCCUGCUGGUCAGUUUUCUCCUUGUAUGUGUGCAGAGUGCUUUGACGCAAAUUUGGAUAAUUGCUGCUGAAGUCGCACAGUUCAUUGCGUAUAUUACAGGACACGUGGAUACGCUGGGUCGCUAAGCGAGGGGAAAGGACUGAGCUUGUUGAGGCAGACGCACAGUCCCCAACAAGAGGCAUGGGAGAAUGAACAUUUGGGUUACGGGGUUUCAGUUUGAACACUUCAAGCUGAGACCCGAAGAGAUUUUUGGUGGUUAUGUAAAAGUUAGACGGACCACUCACUUCUGACCAGCGAUGGGUGCGUUGUGAUUAAUCUGCUCAUUAAAAUUCAGCCGUCUUAGAACUGGGUUGAGUGACCACAAUGCAGACUUUAGCUACGAAAGCAAAAGGUGCAGAGUCGAUGUGAAAAUAAUUAUGUAUCCCUGUACUUUGUAAAGUGGUGUGAUUGUGGAAUAUUUCUCUUUGAUAAGCCUUGAGUAUGCACCAAUAAAGUGUAUCAACAAUGA